AUGAGCCCACCACCGCCUUCAGAUCAGACCAUACUUCUAUCAGGUAUCUCGGGGUUCGUAGGAACAUGGAUUGCCCAUACAUUCUUGGAAGCUGGUUACAAGGUUCGCGGAACCGUGAGAUCGGAGAAGAGCAUUGAGGGAAUCAAAAAGACACAUGCAAAGUAUGCUGAUCAGCUGUCAUUCGCCGUUGUUCCUGACAUAACAACGUCGGGUGCUUUUGAUGAAGCAGUAAAAGGUGUCACGGGCGUCAUUCACACAGCCAACCCUUUUAUCUUGAACCCGAAGGAUAAUGAAACUGAACUGUUGCAGCCAUCCAUCCAGGGUGUAUUGAAUGCCUUGAAAGCGGCAAAGACACAAGGAUCCAAGAUACGUCGUGUUGUGUUGACUGCUUCCUUUGCAGACAUCCUGGACAUAUCCAAAGGGGACCGUCCUGGUUACACCUAUUCAGAGAAAGACUGGAAUCCGGCGACAUAUGAAGAAGCAAAGGCAUCAGACAGUGGGGCUUUCUCUUACUGCGCGGCCAAAGGUCUGGCUGAACAAGCUGCAUGGGAAUGGAUCGAGACCAACAAACCAGACUUCAGCUUUGUGGCACUCUGCCCGCCAUGGAUUUUUGGACCUACAUUCGGUGGCAUCAAAUCUUUGGAUCAUCUCAAUGAGUCGACCGAGGCAAUUUGGAAACUUGUAGAUGGAUCAGCGAAGGAGGUGCCGCCAGUCGAAUUUGGAGGGUUCUGUGACGUGAGAGUUGUUGCCGCAGCCCAUCUGAGAGCUCUUGAACGUGAGGAAGCCGGCGGUCAGAGGAUCAUCCCUGGCUCCGACUUCAACUAUCAGAACGCGGUCGAUGCCAUCCGACAAGAUUUUCCCGAGCUCAAAGAUCGCGUUCCGGAGGGAAAACCAGGGGCAGGCAAGAAUUGGCCCAUUUACCACAUUGAUCACAGCAAGGCGGAGAAGUUGCUGGGGCUGGAAUUUACACCUCUUGCUGUGACAUUGAAGGACACAGUUUCGGGAUUAAUCGAGGCCGAGAAAAAGGCCAAUGCCUGA